AUGGUGGUCUCGUUUUUGCCAUCAGCUUAUCAAAGCGACGUUCUCACGAGUAUAGCGGGCACUGGCGUAACUCUCGUGAAUUUAAGGCUUUCCCUAAUCUUUUUGAAAGACAUCGAUCCUGAAGAGUCCGCUUUUCAAGGGAAAAUCAAAAUGCAUGGGUAGCAUGGAGUAAUAAUGAUGGCACGUCGACGAGGUCGAGGAGAUGGCCUAGGGUGAGAUCUAAUGUGUGCUGUUUUUCUCGCCUGGUGGGGUCCGAGUCACAUCGCGAGCUGGGAAAGACAACAGAGUAGGAAAAUGCUGCAACUCUUUGGGAUGAUACCGGGAACAUACAGUAUGGCAAUGUGAAGAGGACAUUGGAACAGUAGAUAGGUAGUAAGUUAUAGGUAAGUAUACAUUUACUAGUACAUUUUUCACUAGACGGAGAACUUGAUAUCUUUAAGUGAAAAACUUUUUCAUCCUCCACCUCGACCUCCAUUUUUCUAACCCUUAAACCGACAACAGCAAAAAGUCUCAGAGAAAGCGGUUUCACGGCACCAAGCAAAAGAGCGCUGUGACAGGAGAGUACGAAGUAGUUUUUUCGCAUAAAGAGGCAGCGGCACGGGUCCUAUACUCGAACCUGUGCAGUGCGCUGAUGUGCAUGAGUGUGCUGAGCAUAGUGGUCUUGGUGUUAUGGUGGAUUGUAAAAUUAGAAUGUCAAUAACUAUAACUGCAUCUAGAACCCAUCCAACAAACUCAUGUACAUCAUGUAUUUCCCGGACUUCCCUCAACUCUACGAAGCAAAAGGUCCACCCUCCACUGAGGCGUCCACCCGCUUUCCACCUCUAACCCUCUCCGGCAUCCAGUUCGUGAUUUACGAAAAUACGCAGCUCAACUUCGGCUCCUUCAAAUACAACUAC